AACACCUCCUUGCUGCCUUCCCUACCAGUGAAUGACGCGGAUUUUUCAGGUUCAGUAAUCAUUGACGCGGAUCUACGUACUCCAAAGGAAACUGCUUUUGAUUCGGGCCUUUGCGCUGACCCUGCUCUGCAAGCGUCACGGUUACUCUUUUGGUCCUAUCGCCAUUACGAAAGAAGUGGUACUGAAGUCGAGGAUCCCUUCGCUCAUAAUGCGCAGCUCGGGUGGAGUGGACAAUGGCCAAACAGGUCAUCCAUAGCGCGUAUCACCACGGGUCAAAGCAUGGGAAGAAGAUGA